AUGCAAUUCGUGCGCUUCUUCGCGCGCGCCCACUCUUCCCCCAUAAAAUCGCAUGCUGCCCGAGCUCCGCUCCUCUUCAAACGCCCUUUCCACUCCACUCUCUUAAGACGGAGCACUGCCGACAUGGAGACCGUUGUAACCACCGAGAGACUGACGCAUCUGCGUCGAUUGAUGCUGGAUAACCAGCUUGAUGUCUACAUCGUGCCGUCCGAAGAUAGCCAUCAGUCGGAGUACAUUGCGCCGUGUGACGCCCGCCGAGAAUUCAUUUGCGGCUUCUCCGGCUCCGCGGGAACUGCCGUCAUCACCCUCAACAAGGCCGCUCUCGCCACCGAUGGCCGUUACUUCAACCAGGCUGAGAAGCAGCUGGACAAUAACUGGGAGCUCUUGAAGCAAGGACUGCAGGAUGUUCCGACCUGGCAGGAAUGGACCGCUGAUCAGUCAGAGGGCGGCAAGACCGUUGGCGUUGACCCCCAGGUUAUUACUGCGUCCGAUGCACGCAAGCUCGCCGAGAAGAUAAAGAAGAAGGGUGGCGCCGAUCUCAAGGCGGUCAGAGAGAACCUCGUCGAUACCGUCUGGGCCAAGGCUAAGCCUGCGCGCCCCAACGAGAAGGUCCAGGUGCAACCUUACGAAUUUUCCGGAAAGGAGUUCAGUGAGAAGCUGUCAGACAUACGCCAAGAACUCAGCAAGCGCAAGAGUGCCGGCUUCGUCGUCUCGAUGCUUGAUGAGAUUGCCUGGCUAUACAACCUGCGUGGAAACGACAUUCCCUACAACCCAGUUUUCUUCUCCUACGCUGUCGUCACUCCAGAGGCGGCUACGCUCUACGUUAAUUCUGAUAAACUCACCCCUGAGGUCAAGGCUCACCUGGGAAGUUCUGUCGAAAUCAGGCCAUACGACUCCAUUUUCGGCGAUAUCGAGGCCCUGAGCCGAAAUGCGGCCCCCAGUAGCGAGGAUUCUGAGACUCCUGCCCAGAAGUACCUGAUCUCUAACAAGGCAUCAUGGGCGCUUGUUCAAAGUCUUGGCGGCGACAAGAAGGUCGAUGAAGUUCGCAGCCCCAUUGCCGAUGCUAAGGCGGUCAAGAACAAGGCCGAAUUGGACGGAAUGAGGGCAUGCCACAUUCGGGACGGUGCAGCUCUGAUUGAAUACUUCGCCUGGCUCGAGGAUCAGCUCAUCGCUAAGGGCGCCAAGCUUGAUGAAGUCCAGGCGGCGGACAAGCUUGAGGCUAUCAGAUCGAAGCACGAUAAGUUUGUUGGCUUGUCAUUUGACACCAUCUCUUCCACAGGGCCGAACGCUGCUGUUAUUCACUACAAGCCUGAGCCAGGCAACUGCUCGGUCAUCGAUCCGAAAGCAGUAUAUCUGUGCGACUCAGGCGCGCAAUAUCGCGAUGGCACCACGGACACGACACGUACACUUCACUUCGGCGAGCCCACGGAAAUGGAGAAGAAGUCCUACACCCUUGUGCUUAAGGGCAAUGUUGCUCUUGAAAGGGCAAGGUUCCCCAAGGGCACGAGCGGUUUCGCUCUUGACACCCUCGCCCGCCAGUUCCUUUGGGCGGAGGGGCUGGACUACCGCCACGGCACCGGCCACGGUGUCGGUUCCUUCCUGAAUGUUCACGAGGGCCCCAUUGGUAUUGGCACCCGCGUCCAGUAUUCAGAGGUUCCGCUGGCAGUCGGCAAUGUCAUCUCGGACGAGCCCGGCUACUACGAAGACGGCAACUUCGGCAUCCGGAUAGAAAACGUCAUUGUUGUCACAGAGGUUGACACUCCCCACAAGUUCGGCGAUAAGCCAUACCUGGGUUUCGAGCACGUCACCAUGGUCCCCAUGUGCCGCAAGCUGAUUGACGAGUCUCUUCUUACGCCGGCCGAGAAGAAGUGGCUCAACGACUACCACGCUGAGGUUCGCGAGAAGACGAGUCCGUACUUCAAGGAUGAUGCGCUCACGAUGAAGUGGCUGGAGAGGGAGACGCAGCCUUACUAG